UUUCACCAAAUGCACUAACCGCAUAACCUCACUUUUUUAAAUACAAGCAAAAUUAAUAGAAAAAUGAUUACAUACGAAUUGUUGCUGCUGUUGCGAAUUAUGCCAAAGAAUGAACUGGCUUCGGUGGUCAAAAGAUCUGCAAAUGCAAUUUUCGACAAAGGGGGCUUUCUGCGAAAACUGGAAAACUUGGGGACUAGAGACAUGCCUUAUAAAACUAGUGCACACGGAAUGGUCCAUCGUAAAGCUAGUUACUUUUUGAUGGAAUUUAAUGCACCUCCUGUGUACAUUGAUCAGUUAUUGGAUGAGUAUAGUCGAGACGUGGAUAUUGUAAGACGUCGUAUUUAUAAGAAAAAGGAGGCGGAGGCGUUUGAAUGCACGUUACAUGAAGAUAUGCUUCCCCCACCAUACCGAAAGAGUGUCCAAAAGCUUAUAGAGGAAGCGCGAAAGUCAGACAAACCUAGGUAUAAUUACAACACGGGCUUGGACUAUUACCCGUUCCAAAAAUAAGUCGCAACAUUUCUAGUAGUUUGUAAAUAUAGGAGUAAUUGAUAAA